AUGUCUCGAAGAGGACCCUAUUUGAUUAUGGAUGCUUCGAAAAUUUGCCGCCUUUGCCUGCGUGAAGCACCAGACAUCGUCGACGUGUUGAACCCCGACGAACCAUAUCUAAUGGAGCACGUCAGCUACUUCUUCAGAUUAGAGAUUAAAGGCAAUGAUGGCAAAUCAACCAAGAUAUGUCAAUACUGCAUUCGUAAGAUUCAUAUUUGGCAAGGACAAAUCGAGAAAGUUCACUUAAAUCAGUGUGUAGUGGAUUAUUUAGCACAUAAAAACAAUUUGUUACUCGCUUCCCAGGCUUUGAGUACACAACCCUCGAUACAACCCUUGCAACCCUCGAUACAACCCUUGCAACCCUCGAUGCAACCCUCGACACAACCCUUGUCUGUUCCAAGCAAAAAGAAGAAAAAAACAUCAAGAAGAUCCAAUAAAAGAAAAAGCACCUCGUUAAUACCUGAAAUUCCAUCAACAUCUAAUGCCAUGAUUCAAUCGCCAUUAGAAUCUAUCCAACCAUCAACUUCAGCGUCCAUUUAUCAAUUUCAAUCAAUAAAUACUCAAUAUGGAUCAGAUGUUCCAUCCACAUCGAAAUCAACAUCCAUGGAAAUUAUCCCAAUUGCAUCCACCUCGAAAUCAACAUCCAUGGAAAUUAUCCCAAUUGCAUCCACCUCAGCAGAAUUUAUCCCAUUCACGUCAACUUCUACAGAAGUUUUCCCAUUUGCAUCAUCUUCAGCAGAAUUUAUCCCAUCCACGUCAAGUUCUACAGAAGUUUUCCCAUUUGCAUCAUCUUCAGCAGAAGUUAUUCCAUUUGCAUCAACUUCAGCAGAAGUUAUUCCAUUCGCAUCAACUUCAGCAGAAGUUAUUCCAUUCGCAUCAACUUCAGCAGAAGUUAUUCCAUUUGCAUCAUCAUCAUCAUCAAUAGAAAUUGUUCCAUCAUAUAUCGUUAACGAAAUUUCAUCAACAGGAGAUAAUCCAGUCUGGUAUCCAAAUGGAAAUAAAAAAACUUAUCCUGAAUCAGAAGUUGAUGACAAAAAUAAAUCUUGUAUAGCAGAAUGUGUUUGUAUAUUUUGCACUUACCAGCACGAAGAGGUGUCGCGAAAUGGUGUCGCGUAUAAUCAUAUAUUAUUUUGUUCUAAACAUUCCCAACCGUAUGCCUGUCUCAUAGAAAAUUGCCAUUCUGUAUUUCCCAAUAAAUUGGUCUUCAUUCAACAUUACCGAACUCAUUUAAACCUUAACAGUUCAACUUAUUUAUGUAAUAAAUGCUUUAGUGUGUUAACUUGUCCGAGAAGAUCGGUUAUGAUGAGUCACACGCAUCAAAACCUUUCAGAAAUGUAUAAAUGUUGUUCCCUUACAUUCACGACAAUGACCAAAUUAGUUCUACAUAAACUGAUAAAUCAUUGUGCAAUAGUUGUCACAAAUCACAACCGAGCGCGUACUCGUCAAAAACAGAAUCUUAAUAUUAAGAAAACCGAACUAGACCACAUAAAAGUUGGUUUGGAUGUACCUGGCACAGUAACCUGCAAACAGAAAAUUAAAGACAACGGAAGUAUUAAGUGUUAUCGUUGUCCAAAAUAUUUUAACAAUAUUCACCAUUUUAUAGAACAUAGUAAGAUUAAGCAUAAGAAUUUAAUUACAGUAAAAGAUAAAGAAAUAAAAUUAUGCCCUCUGUGUAAUAAAAGUUAUUUCAAUGAACAAUUUACUGAGCAUCUUGAAAACUGCACAAAUACCAUGCUAGUUGGUGACAAAUCAUUGAAUCAUUAUGGAUGUGUUUAUUGCUCAGCAAUUUUCACAAAUUUAUCUUCUAGAGAAUUUCGCAAUCAUGUUCUGUACUGUAAAUCUUUUGAAUUGGGAAUAGUCAAUAAUAAAAUCAAUCAUAAAUGUAUGAAUUGUAGUUUUACAAGUACCGAUGACAAUUUAAGUUUAUUGCAUGCCAAUUCUAAUUGCAUAUACUUCCAGUUGAAAAUGCGUUAUGCUUUGGGACCAGAUGAAACCAAUAAAGUUACAGAACAACUGGAAUUUGUCAAGCAAAACAUAGAACAACAGGAUAAAUAUUGUAUAAACGAUGGAGAACUUCUUAGUUCUUCUAAAACCUAUUGUAAUACUGCUAGACAACGGCUGUUAAAAUCUUAUAACUUUUUUUGUAACAACUGCGAAAAUUUAUUCUUUGAUGAACACAUCUUUUUCAAACAUUUGACUGAGACAGGAUCUUGUUGCCGAAUGCAAAAUUUAAUCUACUGUCAAAAAUGUUUGACUGAUUUUAACUCAAUGGAAGAAUUUCAUGGCCAUUUACCUAGAAUGCCACAAUCAGAAUCAUUAUUACCAGUAAAAGAAGAACCAGUUGUACAAAAUAAUUAUGUAUACGGCGAUCUCCAUAUGGAUGUAAUACGUUUCAACCCAAAUUAUGGUGUUGUUAAAGUUGAAAGGAAUAACGAAACAUUUCAUCAAAAACAAGAACCCAUUGAUGAAUCAGAUUAUAAUAAUAUAGGUAUUAUUCAAGAACCGGAACCGGAAGUUUCGUAUAAUUACUAUCAUAACAGUGUUUAUUCGUGCCCAGAAGAGGAUUCACCCGACAUUGACAUGCAAUGUGAAGUCGAAGAAAAGGUAGAUUUGAAUAGCCUUUUAAAAAAAUUGGAAUGA